AUGUCUCUGUUUCGCCCACCAAACUCGAAAGAGUCCCCGAAGAAGCCAGUCCCACUUCCCCCGCUUACACUUGGAACACCGCUCUUACUAUUCUACACAAUGCUUGAUCUAAGCGAAGACUGGCAUCGCAAUAAGUGGUGGCUCUUUGACCGUGUGGUCGAGAGUCCACACCGAACAUCCUUCUUUGUGAGGUGUCUAGAUAAGCCUGUGGAGAAGGACAUCCUCGACAUGAAUGAGGCCGCACAAUAUUGGUAUAACGGACGUGCGACGGGACCGCCUGACCCGUUCCCUCCGGCUUUGGAAGAGGCAUGCCGGAUUGUCGAGAAAGUUGUCAACGAGGAGAUGCACAAACGCCAGCGAUAUCCCCUCGAAUGGGCCGGCGAAGUCGACGGCGACGAGAAUAGGAUUACUGACCACGUCCUAUGGCGAGCGAAUGUUGCGGCAGCCAACUGCUAUGAAGGCGCCAAGGAAAGCGUGGGGCCGCAUUCAGACCAAUUAACGUAUCUUGGCCCGUAUCCAACUAUCGCCAGUCUCAGUCUAGGUACGAGUAGGAUUUUCCGCCUGCGUGAGGUCAUACCCACCGACGACAAAGACGAGCGCAGUGCGCGUACUUUUAACAUCCCCCUCGCACACAAUUCAGCGUCGAACGCACGGAUCAACAUCACAUUUCGUUUCUAUCGCCCAGACUUCCGCGCGCAGACGACCCCGCGUUGCAAGUGCGGGGUGCCGUGCAUUCUCCGUGCGGAUAUGAAGAACCGUUACGCCGCGCCCGUUCCAGGGCGUGACGACCCGGAGGGUAAUGACGUCGGCGAUGCAGGCACACAUGCCUCUGAUCAGGGCCCUGCUGGUUCGGGCAGGAACAUGGUUGCUAAGUACUGGUGGACCUGCUAUGCCGGAGCACAGAACGAUGGGAAGGGUUGCGGUUUGUGGAGGGUUAUGGACGUGAAAGCUGAGGGACGAGGACCUUUCGUUGGUCCGCUAUAG